AUGUCUCGGCGUCAGCCCUCAGAUACCUUUACUCGCUUCACCUCGAACUCGAUACACGCUUCGCAGAAACCGUCCUCAACAGCUCAGAUGAAUGGCACGGCGCCGGCUUCAGAAACGCCUCAACAGAAGGUAGCAAGACUACGAGCAGAGCUCCGUGCGCAAAGAGAAGGCGGACAACCGAGCUUCGGCGACAGAGUAGUCAUUGGAGGCCGCAGAUGGGCAGAUCGACUACAUCGAGGGGCCACUUUUGCCCUGCUAGGCUUUACUGGCAUCACCGCUGUGGUCGCUGUUUAUGGAAUGUUCAGUCUCGUCACGCACAGCAGGCGACAGAAGAAAGCUUUCAUCGAUAGUGAGCUGGACAGACUUCGAGCCGCACAGCAAGCAUUUCUGCGCGGCGAGGCCGAUGCGGAGCAACUACACCUCCUCGAACAAGAGCGUGCUGGUGAGGAAAUGGCGGCGAAGUGGAAGGACGAUCGCGAAAAACAGAAAACUCGGGGUUUGUGGCAGAAAGCCAAGGGUGUGUUUGCGGGCUCGGGUCAAGACAUGGGUACCGAAACACCAGAGGAGGCUGAGCGGCGCCAACAGCGGAAAAGCGGCAGUCGAAUAUUGGAAGAGGCUUGGGUGGAGUCAGACACGAAGCCUGCGGCCGUCAGCAAGAGUACAGUUGCAGGUGUGGGUUACGAUUCGAAAGGCCGGCCUGUGCCUGUCAACAAGAUUGAAAAGAUUGUCAGAACAGCAGAAAGCGAGAGGAGGACUGGAGAGAGGGUAAUUGAAGGGCAGGGCGCGAAGGGAGGCCUGUUGGAUGAGGUUGCUGGCAACGCCGCUGCUGCAGCAACACCAAACGGCAGCGGCUCCUGGUUUGGCUGGCUCGGAGGCAAGAGCUAA